AUGGCAUCCUCUGAUCAAUCAAUCGAGGAGCUUUUCGAACGUCUCAGAGUGCUCGACCAUAAUGAGCCCGAAAAAUUUGAGGAUUUGAUUUCUGGUGCAGAUAUGGAUCUGAAAUCCGACAACACAAGUCGUGAGGAGAUACUAGACAGAUUCUUACAGCCCUCGAACGUGCUGUCAUGGAAUUUGCUGGAUUUAUUUCAAGAGGUUCCUGAAAUGAACUUUAUGGAUGAGAACAAGAGCUCAAGAACAGCCGAUUAUGAUUACCAUCAAUUUCUGCAAAUUCCAGAUUUCAUCAAAAGAACAGCAUACCAUUUCAAAAGAAGAGGAAUUGAGGGUAAAAUAGACGGCUAUCAGGAAUCUGUGAAGUUAGAAGAAAUUGCAAAUGCUAAUGCUUCCAAUUCACUAUCACUUUCUCGUAAAAUUAACACCGAAGGUAGUUCAGUGAAAGGCUCUAGCGCUCAAUUGCCCUUCGCGCCAGGUGGCUUGGCAAUGUCUGCUUUGGCUCAAGAUAGCGAAUUAUCCGGUAUGGCUAAUGCUACCAAAUUGUUGCAUCGAGACGACCAGGGGCUUUUUGAUGUCCCGCCAGGUCUUGAUCGAGGAAUUGUCCCACAGGAGCUGUCUACUAUUGAUGAUACCCAAAUCGAAGGAGUGAAUACUCUCAACAGUAUUGAUAACGAGUUAGAGAAUUUACAGGAAAUCACGGAAAGUCGUCAGAGAGAAGAAGAUAACUUGGAAAAAGAAGUCUCGCAGCUCAUUCUGUCCAGUGACCAAGCUGUCAAUGAAACGGAGGUAGGGGUAGAUGAUUUGCUUCCAGUUGGAAUAGAUUUUGGACGUACCGCUCGUCAAACGAAAAAUGAGAUGGGACGCAAAAACUGGGCCCACGUUGUGGACCUGAAUCACAGGAUAGACAAUUUCGAUGAGCUGGUUCCCAAUCCCGCGAGAACAUGGCCCUUCGAGCUUGACGUUUUUCAAAAAGAGGCCGUCUACCAUUUGGAGCAAGGUGAUUCUGUAUUCGUGGCUGCACACACUUCAGCAGGUAAAACAGUGGUAGCCGAGUAUGCCAUUGCUAUGGCCACCAGAAACAUGACGAAAACGAUUUAUACAUCGCCUAUAAAAGCUUUGUCAAAUCAGAAAUUUAGAGAUUUCAAAGAGGACUUGACCGAUAUUGAUGUUGGUUUGAUUACUGGUGACGUCCAGAUCAACCCAGAGGCCAACUGCCUCAUUAUGACAACUGAAAUUUUGAGAUCCAUGCUUUACCGUGGUGCCGAUUUGAUCAGAGAUGUCGAAUUUGUCAUUUUUGAUGAGGUGCACUACGUGAAUGAUCAAGAUCGUGGUGUGGUAUGGGAAGAAGUCAUCAUUAUGCUUCCGCAGCAUGUCAAAUUCAUCUUGCUUUCUGCAACUGUUCCUAACACUUUUGAAUUUGCUAAUUGGAUUGGCAGAACAAAACAGAAGAACAUAUACGUCAUCUCAACACCCAAAAGACCUGUCCCACUCGAAAUCAACAUAUGGGCCAAGGAAAAAAUGAUCCCGGUAAUCAGCGAGAAAAGAGAGUUUCUCGAGGCGAAUUUCAAACAACACAAGGAGCUUAUUGCGGGCAAAAGUGACAAAGCUCCUACAACGUCGAGUCGAGGUCGAGGUGGAGCGGUUCGCGGAGGUGGUUCGGCUCGCGGAGGUGGAUCUGGCCGCGGGGGGCCAACACGCGGUGCUAUGCGUGGGGGCUCGCGUGGUGCUGGCGCGGUGGGCUCCAACAGAAGCGAUUUUUUCAAAAGAAGUGGUCCGAAUAAGAAGACAUGGUCCAAUCUCGUGAACUACCUUAAGGCAAAUGAACUACUGCCUGCUGUCAUCUUUGUUUUCAGUAAAAAACGGUGUGAGGACUAUGCGGAUUGGUUAGACGGCGUCAACUUUUGCGCGAAUAAGGAAAGAUCGCAGAUCCGCAUGUUCAUUGACAAAUCAAUUACGCGGCUCAAGAAGGAAGACAGGGAUCUUCCCCAAAUCACUAAAAUAAAAUCUCUGUUAGAGCGUGGUAUUGCAGUACAUCAUGGCGGAUUACUCCCCAUCGUCAAAGAGUUGAUCGAGCUGCUGUUUGCGAAAGGACUCAUCAGGAUAUUAUUCGCCACAGAGACGUUUGCAAUGGGUCUGAACCUGCCAACUAGGACGGUUGUGUUCAGCGAAAUCCAGAAACAUGACGGAAACAGUUUGAGAAAUCUUAAUCCAGGUGAGUUUACACAAAUGGCUGGAAGAGCAGGACGGAGAGGGCUGGACAAGACUGGAACGGUGGUAGUUAUGUCUUACACGUCACCUUUGGAGCAAGCUUCUUUCAAAGAGGUUGCUUUAGGAGUUCCCACUAAGCUGCAAUCUCAAUUCAGACUCACCUACAAUAUGAUUUUGAACCUUUUGAGAAUUGAAGCACUCCGCGUUGAAGAAAUGAUAAAGUAUUCGUUCAGUGAAAACAGCAAGCAGACGCUGCUACCAGAACACGAAAACAAAAUUAAAAGCUUGCAGAGUCAACUGGAUUCUAUUCAGUACUUUGAUGGCGUCGAAGAAGAGGAGUUGAACAAGGCGCUGGAUGCAAUAAUUAAAUACAGAGAGUGCACAAAGGAUAUGAUGAAAGAGCUCGCGAAUGGAAACAGCAUUUUCAGAGUUUUGAAUGUGGGCCGUUUGAUACUUUUCAGGGACGAAAAUGAUAACGCGAAACUGGCAUUCGUGUUCAAAAACCUUCCUAAAGAUGGGCAGGCUGUUGUAAUGACGGUGACGAAACCCAAUACAUUGGAGACAGGCGAGCCCAACCACCUGCCGUACUUCUCAGGCAUCCCGGACUUUAUUAAAAACAACUUUAGGAAAUUUGAACAAACCGAUUUCUACAUGGAGACGAUUGCUAUAGAAAAUAUAGAAAUUGUCAGCGCCUUUACGCUGGAUGUGUCAAUGAGCGAUGUCAUGAAACAGGACCCCGAGGUACUUGAAAAGUUUCACGGGGAAGUGUCGCUAAUUUUGAGAAUCUCUAGAAAGCUGAAAGAGACAAAAUACGAAAAGAAGGGUAGUUUGAAAGCCCAUCAAGCUGUUCUAGAUAGGGAAAGGAUAAGGGCAGAAAUUGCAUCUCUUGAAUGCUUGAGAGCCCCAAAUUUUGCCGUACAAUUCCUACCGAAGUUUAGGGAAUUUGAAAUUCAAAGGCAAAUAAAGGACCUCUACCACCUGAUGUCCGAACAAAAUCUCAAUCUGCUCCCUGACUACGAGCAACGUCUUUCAGUUUUGAAAGAUGUUGGCUUUAUAGACAUGAGUCACAACGUUUUGCUCAAGGGAAGAGUGGCUUGUGAAAUCAACACAGGUUAUGAACUCGUUCUAACAGAAUUGAUCCUCGACAAUUUUUUGGGAGAUUUUGAACCUGAAGAGAUCGUUGCCCUGUUGUCUGUUUUCGUUUAUGAGGGCAGAACUAGAGAAGAAGAGCCUCCAGUUGUUACUCCUCGUCUGGCUAAGGGUAAAAGUAGAAUCCAGGAGAUUUAUCAAACCAUGCUUGACGUGUUUGAAAAGCACCAGAUCCCGCUAACUAAGGAUGAGGCAGAGUUUUUGGAGAAAAAACGCUUUGCGCUCAUGAAUGUGGUGUACGAAUGGGCAAGAGGUCUUUCGUUCAAAGAAAUAAUGGAGAUGAGCGUCGAAUCGGAAGGUACUAUCGUAAGGGUCAUUACUCGUCUCGAUGAAAUUUGCAGAGAAGUGAAAACGGCGUCGAUCAUCAUUGGAAAUUCAACAUUGCAUAUGAAAAUGUCUCAGGCGCAGGAGUCCAUAAAAAGAGAUAUAGUGUUUGCUGCAAGUUUGUAUUUAUGA